CGGGAAAGCCUCGGCGCGGCCGGCACCAUGAGUGAACAGAGUAUCUGUCAGGCAAGAGCUGCUGUGAUGGUUUAUGAUGAUGCCAAUAAGAAGUGGGUGCCUGCUGGUGGCUCAACUGGGUUCAGCAGAGUUCAUAUAUAUCACCAUACAGGCAACAACACAUUCAGAGUGGUGGGCAGGAAGAUUCAGGACCAUCAGGUCGUGAUAAAUUGUGCCAUUCCUAAAGGGUUGAAGUACAAUCAAGCUACACAGACCUUCCACCAAUGGCGAGAUGCUAGACAGGUGUAUGGUCUCAACUUUGGCAGCAAAGAGGAUGCCAAUGUCUUCGCAAGUGCCAUGAUGCAUGCCUUAGAAGUGUUAAAUUCACAGGAAACAGCCCAGAGCAAGGUUACUGCUACCCAGGACAGCACUAAUUUGCGAUGUAUUUUCUGUGUGUUCUAUUUAGGGCCAACAUUGCCUAGACAAAAUUCACAACUACCUGCCCAAGUUCAAAAUGGCCCAUCCCAAGAAGAAUUGGAAAUUCAAAGAAGGCAACUACAAGAACAGCAACGACAAAAGGAGCUGGAGCGGGAAAGGCUGGAGAGAGAAAGAAUGGAAAGAGAAAGGUUGGAGAGAGAGAGGUUAGAAAGGGAACGGCUGGAACAGGAGCAGCUGGAGCGAGAGAGACAAGAAAGGGAAAGGCAGGAACGCCUGGAGCGGGAGCGGCAGGAGAGACAGCAGGAGCGGGAGAGGCAGGAGAGGGAGCGACAAGAGCAGCUGGAAAGGGAGCAGCUGGAAUGGGAGAGAGAGCACAGAGUAUCAAACGCUGCUGCCCCUGCCUCUGUUGAGACUCCUCUAAACUCUGUGCUGGGAGACUCCUCUGCUUCUGAGCCAGGCUUGCAGGCAGCCUCUCAGCCGGCCGAGACUCCAGCCCAGCAGGGCACUGUCUUGGGAUCACCUGCACCUCCACCCCCUCCACCACUCCCACCAGGCCCUGUCCAGGCUUCAGUAGCACUCCCUCCUCCCCCAGGACCCCCUCCACCACCUCCACUUCCAUCAUCUGGGCCUCCACCGCCGCCUCCACCCCCUCUUCCUAAUCAAGUACCCCCUCUUCCUCCACCACCUCCGGCCCCUCCACUCCCUGCAUCCGGCUUUUUUGGGGGAUCCAUGUCAGAAGACAAUCGCCCUUUAACUGGACUUGCAGCUGCAAUUGCUGGAGCAAAACUUAGGAAAGUGUCACGGAUGGAGGAUGCCCCUUUUCCAAGUGGAGGGAAUACCAUUGGUGUGAACUCGGCCUCAUCUAAAACAGAUACGGGUCGUGGAAAUGGACCCCUUCCUUUAGGGGGUAGUGGUUUAAUGGAAGAAAUGAGUGCCCUGCUGGCCAGGAGGAGAAGAAUUGCUGAAAAGGGAUCAACUAUAGAAACAGAACAGAAAGAGGACAAAAGUGAAGAUUCAGAGCCUGUAACUUGUAAGGCCUCUUCAACAAGUAUACCUGAACCAACAAGAAAACCUUGGGAAAGAGCAAAUGCAAUGAAUGGCAGCAAGUCACCUGUUAUCUCCAGACGGGAUUCUGCAAGGAAAAAUCAGAUUGUUUUUGACAACAGGUCCUAUGAUUCAUUACACAGACCAAAAUCCACACCCUCAUCACAGCCCAGUGCCAAUGGAGUCCAGACAGAAGGACUCGAUUACGACAGGCUGAAGCAGGACAUUUUAGAUGAAAUGAGAAAAGAAUUAACAAAACUAAAAGAAGAGCUCAUUGAUGACGGUCGUUGGGAGCAGUUAUGUUGGUACCACCUGGAUUUGCGCAUGUGCCACAAGGUCAUCAGUCGUUUCCUCUGCCCCCCUGAUCUGACGACUCCAGAGAGCAGGACACCCCACUUCCGGAAGAUCAUCAGCAAACGCCAAGAUGUUUAG